GCCAGAGCGUGGAACCAAGGAGCCAGGACGCGGCAGCGGCCAAGCGCAGCAGCCCACGGCGGUUGAGUCGGGCGCCCAGGUCCGUCCGCACUCUCGCGCCCUCCGCGGGCCUCCCAAUUUUCUCGCUUGCAGGUCGGGAGGUUUCCGGGCGGCACAAUCUCUAGGACUCUCCUCCCGCGCUGCUUAGGGGCAUGUAGCGCACCCAGGGCGCACACUCUCGCGCACCCGCACGCUCACCGAGACACCCGCACGCACCCACCGGCAGCACCGAGUUUUCAGUUCGAGGCGCCGGACAUGCUGAAGCCCGGAGACCCCGGCGGUUCGGCCUUCCUCAAAGUGGACCCAGCCUACCUGCAGCACUGGCAGCAACUCUUCCCUCACGGCGGCGCAGGCCCGCUCAAGGGCAGCGGCGCCGCGGGUCCCCUGAGCGCGCCGCAGCCUCUUCAGCCGCCGCCGCCGCCGCCGCCGCCCCCGGAGCGGGCUGAGCCUCCGCCGGACAGCCUGCGCCCGCGGCCCGCCUCUCUCUCCUCCGCCUCGUCCACCCCGGCUUCCUCUUCCACCUCCGCCUCCUCCGCCUCCUCCUGCGCUGCUGCAGCCGCUGCCGCCGCGCUGGCUGGUCUCUCGGCCCUGCCGGUGUCGCAGCUGCCGGUGUUCGCGCCUCUAGCCGCCGCUGCCGUCGCCGCCGAGCCGCUGCCCCCCAAGGAACUGUGCCUCGGCGCCACCUCCGGCCCCGGGCCCGUCAAGUGCGGUGGCGGCGGCGGCGGGGAGGGUCGCGGCGCCCCGCGCUUCCGCUGCAGCGCAGAGGAGCUGGACUAUUACCUGUAUGGUCAGCAGCGCAUGGAGAUCAUCCCGCUCAACCAGCACACCAGCGACCCCAACAACCGUUGCGACAUGUGCGCGGACAACCGCAACGGCGAGUGCCCUAUGCAUGGGCCACUGCACUCGCUGCGCCGGCUUGUGGGCACCAGCAGCGCUGCGGCCGCCGCGCCCCCGCCGGAGCUGCCGGAGUGGCUGCGGGACCUGCCUCGCGAGGUGUGCCUCUGCACCAGUACUGUGCCCGGCCUGGCCUACGGCAUCUGCGCGGCGCAGAGGAUCCAGCAAGGCACCUGGAUUGGACCUUUCCAAGGCGUGCUUCUGCCCCCAGAGAAGGUGCAGGCAGGCGCCGUGAGGAACACGCAGCAUCUCUGGGAGAUAUAUGACCAGGAUGGGACACUACAGCACUUUAUUGAUGGUGGGGAACCUAGUAAGUCGAGCUGGAUGAGGUAUAUCCGAUGUGCAAGGCACUGCGGAGAACAGAAUCUAACAGUAGUUCAGUACAGGUCGAAUAUAUUCUACCGAGCCUGUAUAGAUAUCCCUAGGGGCACCGAGCUUCUGGUGUGGUACAAUGACAGCUAUACGUCUUUCUUUGGGAUCCCCUUACAAUGCAUUGCCCAGGAUGAAAACUUAAAUGUCCCUUCAACGGUAAUGGAAGCCAUGUGCAGACAAGACGCCCUGCAGCCCUUCAACAAAAGCAGCAAACUCGCCCCUACUACCCAGCAGCGCUCCGUGGUUUUCCCCCAGACUCCGUGCAGCAGGAACUUCUCUCUUCUGGAUAAGUCUGGGCCCAUUGAAUCAGGAUUUAAUCAAAUCAACGUGAAAAACCAGCGAGUCCUGGCGAGCCCAACUUCCACAAGCCAGCUCCACUCGGAGUUCAGUGACUGGCAUCUUUGGAAAUGUGGGCAGUGCUUUAAGACUUUCACCCAGCGGAUCCUCUUACAGAUGCACGUGUGCACGCAGAACCCCGACAGACCCUACCAAUGCGGCCACUGCUCCCAGUCCUUUUCCCAACCUUCAGAACUGAGGAACCACGUGGUCACUCACUCUAGUGACCGGCCUUUCAAGUGCGGCUACUGUGGUCGUGCCUUUGCCGGGGCCACCACCCUCAACAACCACAUCCGAACCCACACUGGAGAAAAGCCCUUCAAGUGCGAGAGGUGUGAGAGGAGCUUCACGCAGGCCACCCAGCUGAGCCGACACCAGCGGAUGCCCAAUGAGUGCAAGCCAAUAACUGAGAGCCCAGAAUCAAUCGAAGUGGAUUAACUGAUUGACUGGUUGGAAUUAAACUGCAAGGAAAGUCAUGAUUAAAUGUCACGGACACUUAAGCAAAACCAAAGAUUUCCUCUGAGCAACUUUCAAUCAGUCCCAGAAAACCAAAAGCAGUAAUAAAAUAAGUAAGAUGUUAAGAGAUAUUGAUCCUGGCAUGGAAGUCAGACCAGGAAAGAGAUUAUUUAUUUAUGACUUAGGGAUGAGACUUAUUUCAGUGGACAACUAACCUGGGAUGGUUAACAUUUCCAGUCCCACCGUGUAUUUUGCUUUGUUUCUAAAAAGCUUUUUAAAAACUGUUAUUUAAUACCAAAGGGAGGAAUCGUAUGGGUUCUUCUGCCCACCGUUGUGACUAAGAAUGCACAGGGACUUGGUUCUCGUUGCAUCUUUUUUUAGUAACAUGUUUCAUGGGGACCCAUUGUACAGCCCUUCAUUCUGCUGUGUCGGUUUGGCCUGGCCUGACACUGGCUGCCCCAGCGGGGACCACAGAAGCAGAGCGAGAGCCUUCGCUGAGUCAAUGCUACCUUCAGCCCCAGACGCAUCCCAUUUCCAUGUCUUCCAUGCUCACUGCUCAUGCACUUUCUACACGGUUUCUUCCAAACAGCCUGGUCUUGAUGCAGGAGAGUCUGGAAAAGGAAGAAAAUGGUUUCAGUUUCAAAAUUCAAAGGAAAAAGUUGAGGACUUAUUUUGUCCUGUCAAGAUUGCAAGAACAUGUAAAAUGUACGGAGCUUCAUAAUACGUUAUAUUGUUCCGAAGCAGCUCGUUGAGAAACGUUUGUUUUCAAUAACAUUUUAGCUUAAAAAACAAAAAGAAAAUGAAAAUAAAGUUCUUUGGUCUAAGGCUGGAGAUAAGGUGUUAGGCUUCAUUGUAAUUUUUUUAGUUGUUUCUGUGAAAGUGUUGAACAUGUGAACAAAAAUAGUGCCAAACCCCAUCGUCAAGGCCCUUUUAGCAAUUUUAUCUUUCUUCCUCUUGCAGAUGAACCCCAGGAGCCCCCUUUCCUCUCUCCUGAGUGUGGGAGGAGCAUGUCUACAAACACAAGUGAAAAUAGCCCAGACAAGGAGACUUUGAGAGGAGGAACCAUGGAGAAGGUUGUGGUUAGAACAGAUAGCCCAGGAGCAGCUAAUUUUAUCAAUAGAAUUACUUUUUCUUUUCUCGAGAUUGAUUAAUUGAAAGAGAAGGAAUUCUCCACACAAUUUCACUAUUCUUUGAGUGCUUAGAAUGUGAGUUUAAUUUCAGCUAGCCUGUUGGUGGUUCAACAGUGGUGCUCAAUGAAAUUGGGUCACAUUUAAUGAAAUGAUCUAGUUUUGGGAAGAACUGAUAGCUCCCAGCAGCAUCUCAGCGACUGUCUACCUCGAUGGCCAGUUUAGAUAAAAACUGUUCAGUUUUAUCUAGAGUGUUUAAUAACAACAGUUUCUGUUUGUAAAUUUCAUCAUCACCUGAUAUCAGGACACAGUCUUUUAAGGAACUCCUUGUCUUUGAGCUUUCCCAUUGUCUUCCCUCAAUAAAAAUGAGACACAUAACUGAACUCACUACUAAAAGGCAAGGAUACUGUGUGGUUUAGUUUAAUCUAUUAUUAUGUAUCUGGCUCUCAGAAAAUCUCUCUUCCCUUUUAAUUUUGCUUCUCUAUUCCUUAGCACCCCAGCUACCACAUUUUAAAUGGAAUUCAACAGGAUCUAAUUAAUAAGUGUUUAUAGUUAUUAUUUAUAUAUGUAUAUAUACAUAUAUACACAUAAUAAUAAUCUCUAGAACCCUGGGCCAUAAUGAAAAAUAUGGCUAAUUCUGACCUCUGUUGCCCAAUCUCAAGCCAUUCACCUAGAAUUUUCCUCCAGUUCUUACUGUCUCCUGGUCAUGAAAGUAGUAAGGAAUCUAUGCUGCUGUAUAACAGUAGCUGAUUGAAACUAUUCUCUCUGGUAGUUAGGAAUGUGUUCUGAUUUUACAAUUCCCUGCCCUAAGUGAUGGAUACGUUUGCAAACAAUGUGCAUCACUGGGAAGGGUGAAUGAAAUGUAGCCAUAUUAACCUGAAACCUGCAAGAAAAGGACAGAUCAGCUUCACAGAUGAGUAAGCUGUUCCAUUUGUUAAGGUUGAAAGAUUUACUCAAACUUUUUGAAAACAGCAGUAGGGAAUCACCUGUAUGUUUCUAAUUUUUUUUUUUUUCAUUUGAAAAAUCAGCUCAGCCAUUUGCCACAUUUCACAGUGGAACACCGUGUACUACUUACUCAGUUCUCAUGAGCUUCAGAAUGUGGGAGAAUGAGAAGGCUUCCCUCCUCCCUUGAUGUCUGGCAUGGGAAGGUUUUCCUUAACAAUGAUCUCUCUGCCACCCUGAUGGCUUUGCUAGCUGAUCCCAAACUUCCACUGAAUGUGGCAGUAACCUGUACUCCAAAACACUCUUCUAGUGUUCUGCUCCAUUUAAAUCUAUUUUUAUCCUCUAUUAUUAAGAGAAAUUGUUGGCAUAUAUAUUCCACCAAAUUUGGUCAGAAAAUAUUUUCUGCCUAAUAGAAAAUUGGAUACUCUAAUUUUCCAGGCAUGUGGGCACAUUCACAAUUUUUACAUUGCUGUCCUAUUGCCAGCUUCUAGCAGACCAGCCUAGGCUGUCUGUCCACAAAGGCAGGCUUACACCUGGACAUUGACUUGGAACCCUGAAGCAGGUACUGAGAUCAUUUGGGUCCAAAAUGAUUUUAAUCUAAGUGUAUGCUGGGGAGGAGGUUUCUCUUUGAAACUUCCUAACAAUUGCUUUAGCCUUUUCUAUUUAAAGUGGACACACAGUCCCCUGGGAUACAGCAAAUGGGUGGUAGAAAUUGCAGUCGUAAAAUUUGCCAGUUUUUCUUAUUAGUAACUUCCUAAUUAGUAGUGCUAUAAAGAGAGUAAAUGCUCUGAAUCACUGGGGAAAGGAUAUUUAAGAUAAGAAAGGUAGUCUGUCAGAGCUGAAUCAGGGUUUGGCUCUUGAAGCAAUCCUUCUUUACUCUUUUCUUUCAAUGGGGACAGAAUAAUAAUAAUUUUUUCAGAAUAAGACUUUUCAUCCUAGCGUAUGUUCCUUUAUUUAGCAAAGAGUCUAAGACGAAAGGUAAUGCCAGGGAAAAGUCAGGGUGCAAUAGGAUGAGAGAUGGAGCUGCAUACCUUUGCAUUUCUGGAAAAAUCUCAAUAUCCCAAGGCAAAGUUGUAUUUUCCCCAGGAUAUGUGCAUACAUUUUUCAUAGAUAAGCUUUUCAUUUUUGUUUUGUUUUUAUCUUUAAAAAUGACUUUUUUGGAGGAGAUAUACUUCUAAAAAGUUAUUGUGUGGCUAAAGCUAUGAAACUUAAUCUCGUAUAAUUUAUAUAAUUUGAUUCAGUUGAUACAUUUUUUAUUGUGUUCAUUUAAAUGUAGCCUUCUUGGGAAACUAUGUAUAACAGGAAAAGAUCAUGACAUCAUUGUGUCCUCAUAGGGCUCAUAAUUGAAUUUUACCUUGUAAAAAUUUCAUUCUGGUUCGGGUAUGCAAAGAUUUAUACGAACAUUUAGCAGUUCAUCAAUUUUUAAAUCAAAUGUUCAUUGUUUCAUUCAUUUAUUCAACAAGUAUUUAUUGAACUCUUAUUUUAUAUAAAGACCCCAUUUUAUGUGUUCACCAUAAGCAGCAUUAUUUAAGUGACUAUUCAUGAUAAAAUAAUAUUCUCCUCCUAAGUGGCUGCUAGUAAAAUGGGUAUUUUAGUCCUUUAGACCAUUGUCUCAGUGAAGUUAAAGAUUUUGUUCCAACUGGGAAAAUCUGAGAGAGGUAAAUUCAUCUGGGGACCAGAAAAUAGCAUAUUGCAAAACAAGUUAAGAUGCACAACUUGGUUGUCUUUGCUUAACUCACUGGGCUAUUGGUUGUUAGCAGCAGUAUCAAGAGACCAGGAUUAGGGCCUGGGUCUUGGGUUUUUAUGACCCCCCUUUCAAUGAUAAGGCAACAAGUGGGGUACAAGGCUGGAGUUGCUCAGGGAAGGAGAUCUGCGACCCUGAAUGGGUCAGAGUUGCCUCAUUAGUGAUAAGCGUUGGCAGUGUAGUCCCUUUCCCCGGUGUGCAGAAGUAACAUUAUUUGUUUUGCACUAAUUUAAAAUAUAAAAUGCAAGUAUCUAUUGAGUUGUUUAAAAUGGGAAUCAUGGCACGUCUCACAAAGAGGGCAUUUCCAGAACAGCAGGGUUAACGGGUCCCUCUGAGUGUACCCAGCAGCCUGCGUUUAGGAGCAAAUUCAUUGCUCUCAUAUUAAGGCUAUGCAUGCCUACAGAAACCAGGCCAGGAAUAAGAAAUAAAUAAUCACAUUUCCUGAAAUGUUUAUCUGUUUCUUCCCUGACAUGAAUUUAAUUUUUAUUUCCCAGAGCCUUUACUAGAUCCUGACAUCAGAUUUUAAAAGAUACUGAGAUAUAUGCUUCUUUAAAUGAUAACUGUAAGUUCCAGAAAUGUUAUUCGCUUGUCAGGAUCCUUUUAAGGUGAAGAGCUUUGGAAAAUUUUAUGCGCUAACUAGAUACCUGGGUGAUCAUCAACCCAAAGUUUAAAGUUCUCCCCUCACUAGCAUUUAUCUGAACUACCACAAAACAACAACACAGGUUACUAGGAAGGCACCUAUUUCAGCCCUCCCCAAGAUUGCAUUCUACAAACCCAAAGAUCAGCUGUCAGGUACAACUGGCCAGACAGAGCCAAACUGAAAAGAAUAUUGCUUUAUCUGUGGAAACCUUGCCACAGAUGUUUAACCUGUAGUCCCUGGCUGUGUUUGACUUUUAAAAUAUUUAUUUAGUUUCUUCCUUUAAAUAAUAAAUGCCAGAUGUUUCAUCAGAUCAAUAUGUAUAACGAUAACAAAAAAUAUGUCAGAAACAGGUCCAAGUCAUGAAACAUUUGAAUUGUCUUUCCUAUAGACUGAAUAUGCCACCACUGCACUUAGAAAAUCUAUGGAGGAAAUUUUAAUGGAAAAAUAAGGACAUUCUGCGCUUAUUCCCACAGAUGUUGAUGGGAAUGAUGAUGAUUAUAAAUUAUAUUGUGCAAUUACUGCCAUGCCUUGUUCUAAUGCUUAAUGUGGAUUAUCUCUUUUAAUCCUUAGUAACUCUAUAACAAAGAUACUAUCAUUAUCCCCUUCUCAUAUAUGCUUAACAGUUUUAGCUUUGUAGCUUCUUUAGUUUUUUUCCUCCUUCAAAGCCAUAAACAGGCAAUUGUUAAAAGAGGAAAAUACUUCUCUAUGUAAAGCUUUUUUUUGAGAACAAGAGCUUUUAAAAAUUAAUAAACACAAGUAUAAUUUAUUUAUAAAAUGUGUUUGUGGAAACAAUACUGAAAUGCUAUUAAAACACGUAUCAUUAUAGAUGCUGAUUUUGUCAUGCCCAAAUCUCAUUGCUGGACAGAAUUUCAACUAUUCCAUUGCUGUCAGGCAUUGUUUUUGUUUUUCUAAGCAGGAAACUAAAAUUCCACAUUGAAAGAAAAAAAAAAUAACCCUCUCAAGUGUGAUAUACAUUAGGACAAAUGGCAACAGGCAGGAAGGGCAGGUUGUGUUGGAGAGUGGCCAGAAGAGAAUAAGGUUCGAACACUAUCGACAGGUAAAAACACAUCCUCAACGGGGCUAAGUGAAAUCUCGUUUUCUUUCUUUGUUCUGACUGAAUGCUAAGUGAGUUACUUUUCAGGCAUCAAUGGAGUCAUUAUGCAGUUGUGUGCAUUAAGAAUAUGGGCUUAUGUGGUUAGCCUGUUGGUUUAAAGCAGUGAAGUAGAAAGACUGGAGUCAUUAUAGGUUUGGUUUGUCAAAGGCACAGAUAGUGUAGUUACAUGCAUGAGGUACUCAAGGAACCAGUUCAAGUUCUGGGGCACAAUCUAGAUGAAACUGUGAGGUUUGUUCAAAAAGUAAGUGUACAAAAUUUCAUCAUGAACUGGCUUUAUUACAAGGCAACUCUUUACCGUGGUUUAUUGAAACCACAAUGUAUACUACUUUCCUCCAGAUUCUGAUUCUAAUGGGCACAUUUGUUUGUUGAAAUGAUAAAUAUAUUUUCCUUGUCAAACAUGGUGGGUCCUGGUUGAUAUUUCCUGUUUCCUGCCUUGAAAAACAUCCUUGUUGGUGUCUUUCUCCCACUUUGGCACAUCACUCCCAACUGAAAACAGUCUAGAUAUAAACUUUAACAAGUUGGAGAUCUAUUUCUACAGCACAACUCUUUCAUGUUUAAAAGCAAUUAUGCCAUAUCAGGUGAUUGCCACAUGUUGGGGAAAGCAGCCAUCUUAGAGCAAAAGUCUGCCAACCCACAGUCCCUGUUGAUCCACAUGUGGGCAUUGUCUAAUGUUAACAAAAUCAGCACUUGUAGACUUACUUUCUCUGAACAAUCUAGUACACUUCUCUAGUUUCUCCCAACCUGGAGAAAAUGUAUAGCAAAAGCCAGAGGCAAAAUUAUUCUCCUUAGCAGUUGUAAGUAUUUCAUGAAAAAGCCUUCCCCCAGUUUAAAUGCAGAGGCUAAGGUGAUGACUAACGAAUUAAGGAAAACUUUGGCUCAGAUCAGCAAAAUUAUUUUGGAAACUUAAUGUCCCAAGUUAAUUAUUUUUUUUAUAUCAAGGGGAAGACAUCCAGUUCCGUAGGAUGCUAAAAGAAGUGUGAUAUUUAGAUGCUAUUAGGACAUUGUAUAAAUUUCUUUAAUGUGGUUAUUUUAAGUUUAGGACUGUAAAUGUUCCCUACUGGAAUAGAAAUAUGUCUCUCUCCAACUUUCCACCAAAUAAAAUGGUUAGAGUGAAUGCCCAGUUUCACAUCUGCCUUUUGGAGUUUGGAAAGCUUAAACAAGUCAGUUAAGAGAACGAGAAGAAUCUCACUGUGGGUCAUAAGGAGUGUGUAGUUUGCUGUAAGGGCCACUGAUAUGACAAGAAUGAUUAUCCCACAGUAAGAAUGGGUAAAACUUAAUAAAGUUUUCUAACUUUAUUAAACUCACAUUAUUUAAUGAAAAAAUAGCUGCAAAGGACCAAUGAGAUCAUGCAUGCUGCUGUAUUCUUGUGAUAGAAUCUACCAGGAUUAAGUUGUAUUUAAAUGAAAAAACAGGUACACAUUUAGAGAACAUUGACCAAGAAAUGUAAAUAUAUUUGAUUAAUAAAACAUUUUUAUGAUGA